UGUAUGUCUUGUUACUCUAAAAAGUAAACUUCCUUUCUGUUGUCAAAAGGCCAUGUUGACAAAGAAUAUGGCACUAUGGUUCUGUAAUCUGUAAUAUGUACAUCUCAUAAUAUAAAUUUUUUCAUCCGACGAAUUGGUUUGUUGAGAAUAACAGUAGGCGAUAAUAUAGUUAAGCAAAAUGUCGGAACGUAAAGUAUUAAACAAAUACUAUCCACCGGAUUUCGAUCCAUCGAAGAUUCCGCGUAUGAAAUUGGCGCGGAAUCGUCAAUAUACAGUUCGUUUGAUGGCCCCUUUUAAUAUGAGAUGCAAGACUUGCGGUGAAUACAUUUAUAAGGGUAAAAAGUUUAAUGCUCGGAAAGAAGAUGUGGAAGGCGACACUUAUCUAGGUAUUCGAAUAUAUAGAUUUUAUAUAAAGUGUACUAGAUGCUUACAAGAAAUUUCAUUCAAAACUGAUCCAAAAAAUACUGAUUACGAGAUCGAGGCUGGUGCAACUAGAAAUUUUAUGGCAUUAAAAUUAGCCGAAGAGCAGGCCAAACGAGAGGAAGAUGAAGAAAAGGAAGAAGAAGCCACAAAUCCUAUGAAAUUGCUUGAGAAAAGAACGCAUCAGUCGAAACAAGAACUGGAACUUUUAGAAUCACUGGAAGAACUUAAAGAUUUAAAUCGUAGACAGCAAGCUAUAAAUUAUGACCAAAUGCUAGAACAAUACGAUAUAAUAGCUGCUAGGCAAAGGACGGAAAAAGAACAAGAAGAAUACGAUGAACAGCUUAUUAAGCAAAUAUUCAAAAAUAAAAAUAAUAUAGCAGGAAAGGUUAUAGAGGAAGAAAUUAUUGAGGCAGAAGAUAAUAAUGAAAUGGAACCACCAAAGAAAAUUCAAAAGCUAUCUGCCCCAUCGGCUGGAACAGCAUUUUCUGGAAUUCCAUUAAGAUCAAGUAUGAGUAUAGCGGAUAAAAGGAAAAAUCUUGGUAUUAAAGUAAAAUCUGUAAAUAAAUGUGUCACGUCAACUAUUAGCUCUAAUACCGUUAUGCAUGAUAUAGAGAAUGAUCAAGUAAGCAAAUGUUCUAAUAAUAUAAGUAACGUAGAUAGCGAACAAGAAAAUGUACAUAGAGUUGACGGUGGUAGUAAUAUUAUGAAACAAGAAAGCACGGGCAGUACUGUUAAGACAGCAAGUGGACUUUCAUUAUUAGGCACUUAUUCAGGAAGCAGCGAGGAAAGCGAUUGA